UCUGACUUGACGCAGGUCACCGCUGUCCUCCUCCUCCUCCUCCUCCAUCAGUAACAGCAUCCGUGGCUCCCCGUAGAGGAUAGCGGGUGUUUGUAGGACACAGGGCCCGAGGAGGGAGAGGUCCUGGCCUGGGCACGGAUCCCGAAGAGGCCUCGGGGCCGCCGCUGGAUGGAGUCGGGCUGCAUUCAGACAGCAAUGGCUAUGGGUCUGACAUCGAAAAAGGCGUCUGCUCGGAGCGUCGGCGUGGAGCGAAAAAACCUUAUCACGGUUUGCAGAUUCUCUGUAAAGACUCUCCUAGAAAAGUACACAGCAGAGCCCAUAGAUGACUCAUCUGAAGAGUUUAUUAACUUUGCUGCCAUUUUAGAGCACAUCCUCAGCCACCGCUUCAAAGGUAACACUGCAGGUUCAGGAAGCUGGUUCAGCUCAGAUGGACAGCGCAGUUUCUGGGAAUACAUCCGGCUGGCAUGCAGCAAGGUGCAGAACAACUGCAUCGCCAGCAUCGAAAACAUAGAGAACAUCAGCACAUCACGAGCCAAGGGUCGGGCGUGGAUUCGCGUGGCGCUGAUGGAGAAACGCCUCUCUGAAUAUGUGUCCACGGCUCUGAGGGACACUAGAACAACCAGGAGGUUCUACGAUGAUGGAGCCAUUAUGCUGAGAGAGGAGGCCACAGUGCUGACCGGCAUGCUGAUUGGACUGAGCGCCAUUGACUUCAGCUUUUGUUUGAAGGGUGAGACUUUGGAUGGUAAAUCCCCAGCUGUGAUUGACUACACACCUUACCUGAAGUUCACUCAGAGCUAUGACUACCUUAGUGAUGAGGAGGACCGCCGCAGUGUGGACAGCAGCAACAGCGAGGAGAGCGUCCCCGAGCAUCCCUACAUCCCUCUCGUGACCGACGAGGAGAGCUGGAGCAACAAGUGUCGCAAGAUGGAGCAAAGGUUUAAGAUCGUCUAUGCUCAGAAGGGUUACCUGGAGGAGCUGGUGCGCCUGCGGGAGUCGCAGCUGAAGAACGUGGAGACGGAGAACAAGCGUCUGAGAGCUAAGGUGGAGGAGCUGACAGUGCAGAGCCAGCAGGAGAAGAAGGAGCUGGAGGCCGUUGUGCUGGAGCUGCAGGCGCAACUCUCGGCUCUUAUGCCCUGUGAUUCCUCCCACCUGGCUAAAGAUCUUUCCAUCCCACUGGUCAACCAGUGGUCCACCCUCACAGACAACCAAGGCGAUGUCAAACUGUUCCGCAGGAGGAGUUUCCACAGUUUGGAGCAACUUUCUGCUGAAGUCAGUUUGAACUCUGACUCCCAGAGGACUGAAGGGAGACAGAACGGAGAUGCUGCCUGGACCUCAGCAGGGAAAGACAACACUCCCUCCAUGCUGGGUCUCUGCGGCUCUCUGGCCUCUUUGCCGAGCUCCAAGUCCCUUGCGAGUCUCAAGUCCAGCGAGUGUUUGGUGAACAUCAGCACUGAACCCAGCCCUGCACUCUCUCCCAGCUAGGAACUCCAGACCAGCCAAGAUUUAACCCCCAGCCUGUCUGCCUGGUGAUGCUGCGUUGACCCAACCAAAACCCUGCUCCCACCAUGCACCCAGCUCCAUGAGAAAAACAGGAAAGUCACGACAGCACAUCUGGAUUUUUGUACAUGACGGUGAAGUUUUCAUGAAGCUGGAAGGAUCCCCCUCUUCUGGUUCUUUCCUUUCUUCUCGACUUAUCCACUCGACUCUGUGCUUUUCACUUUCUGUGAACCCAUUCAUCCGAAGUCAUGCAAUGCACCUGCAAACAUCAGACCUUGUUCCAAGUAUCCAUUUAUCUUCUUCUGUUUGUUCAUUUCUAUUCAUACUCCUUAUUUGAAUAUCAGUAUUCUUCCCAUGGCAUUGUCAUGUGUGUUUGUGCACCUCUGGCCUGUUUUAUUUAUUAUCAUGUAACAUAAGCAGCACGUGCAGUUAUUUGGAUACAGCCACUUGCAAAGACAGAUGUGAUGAUCAUUUUGAGAGAUAAGUCAGAGGGCUGGGUGGUUCUUGCACGCCACUCUUCAGGUGUCAUAGCAUCGAGACAUAGAGUGCAGCGUGUUUUAUGAGUGUUCUGAAUGCUAACAGGGUCUGUCAAUCUUGGAAGUGCACAUCAUGCCUGCUUGAUUAAUCAAACUGUCACAAACUGUUGAAUCUGUGCAGCUAUUUAUUGAUCAGAUCGUAAGCUACCACAUGCAGUAUGUUAUUGAUCUCAUAUGAUCCGGUACAGCAGUGUGUUCUCUCUUUUUUUUGUUGAUUAAUUUGUUUGUUUUGUGUUGCAAUAAACUGCCUUUUCCAUUA